UUGAAGCCGACCAAUACCGUGUACAUGCAAACAUACCAAAUUACGAAAAGUUGACCAAAGCACUUUAGUCAUGUGCAAGCAAGCAAAAAUAUUCAUAAAAAGUGACUGAAGCUAAUUUUAGGCUGAACUCCACCAUCCCCCUCAGUGCCUCCCAACCCUUUUUCCCCUAAAUUUCCUGGAUGCUAGCCCUAUAUUGGGGAAAUACAAGCCUACCAAGAAGACCAAAAACUCCUCCAGCCUCAAGAUGAAACACACCUUGUUGCUUCCAUAUCAAGGACCAAAAUGGAAAAAAGGUCCUUGACUUAAGGAUUUUCCUCCAUCACGUUCCUUGCAGCCAGAAAAGUCAAAGUUUUAGUCUCAUUUGCACGAAAAUGACAACUCUCGCGUUUCAUCUAAGAAAGCUUUGAAUUUAUUAGUAUCCCUUGUGCAUUGAGAAACUCUCCCUACAUUGCAACCCUCACUGGCUUUAACAAACGCCAGCUCUCUGCCCUCCUCUGCUCUGCAGGCUCUGUUCUCCAGGCUCCAACAACUAAAUUACGAUGAAGGCGACGAGGGCAGACCGGGGUCGUUUCAUAAUUUCUUCUUUCGUCUUCAUCUGUUUCUUGUGUGCCUUGGCUUCUAUAAACGAAGUACGGUAUGAUAGUCUUCUGAAAUUUGGCCGAUGUGCUCUUGCCAACAUCAACAUGCCCUGUAAGCUCAAUGCUUCAACAUCAAACACUUUGCUUGCGCAGAGCUCUUCCUCCGAUGAUGAAAUUCGCAUACUUUUCGGCAUUCUAACACUUCCUGACCAAUACCAGCGCCGCCACUUCCUGCGUUUAAUCUACGGCACGCAGACUCCGGUGGGAGCGAAAGUGGACGUGAAGUUUGUGUUCUGCAACCUCACAAAGGAAGACCAGAAAGUACUUGUUGCAUUAGAAAUAAUGCGUUACGAUGAUAUUAUCAUUCUGAAUUGCCAAGAGAAUAUGAACAAGGGUAAGACUUACACCUACUUUUCGAGCUUGCCCGAGAUGUUCAACGACAAAGAGGGGCCUAAUCCGCCUUACCAUUAUGUGAUGAAAACCGACGACGACGCUUAUUUUAGGCUGCAGAGCUUGGUGGACUCUUUGAAGCCGUUGCCUAGAGAAGACUUGUACUAUGGUUAUGUUAUCCCAUGCCCAAGUAUGGACCCUUUUGUGCAUUACAUGUCUGGCAUGGGGUAUUUGAUUUCUUGGGACAUAGUGGAGUGGAUCAAAGAGUCUGAUAUCCCUAAGAACCAAUUGGAAGGGCCGGAGGAUAAAAUUUUCGGGAAUUGGAUGCGAGACGGGCAUCGUGCUAAGAACAGAUUCAAUGCUAAGUGGUCUAUGUACAACUUUCCUGAGCCUCCGACAAGAUGUACACAUGAGCUUUGGCCGGACACAAUUGCAGUUCAUUUGUUGAAGAAUCAAGAGAAGUGGAUUAGGACAUUGAAGUAUUUCAAUGUCACUGAUAAUCUCAAGCCUUCCAAAUUGUACCAUAUACCUUAGGUAAUAUAUACCUGAACAGUUUACUUUUUCUUUUAUUUUUAUUCUUUUCAAUUAUUGCUGAAUUUAGAUGAUACAAUCUGAUUUUGAUGAUUCAUUCUUGCUCUAUACUAUGUAAUUUGAUCUGAGGUUCAAAUGGGUGAUUGGCCCUCCCAUGAAAAUGAAUGCCUACUGCCAUCAAAGUUAUUUGGUUCAUGAUGUGUUGAUGAA